CGCUUACUCGUCCAACAUGGCUGACAAGAUGAAGGAUAACGUUGAAGGUAUGCCGCUUUUACAUGGCAAAAAACCUUGUAGAACGUGCACUGAUUUUAAAACUUGGACGAAACUGCAAUCUAGAAGCAAAAGCGYUGAGGCAAAUCAGAAAACUGCAGAAUCAGAAACCACAGACAAUACAGCUGAMAAUGUACGAAAAGACUGUCCAUUAGACAGAGAAGAGGUUGGACAAGCUACAUGGGGAUUUCUACAUACAAUGGCUGCUAAAUAUCCRGAGUUUCCAUCUAGCACACAACAAGAUGAUAUGAAAAAGUUUGUGGAAUUAUUUGCUAAGUUUUAUCCGUGUGGAGACUGCGCUUCACAUUUAAGGGGGAGGUUAAAGGAAAGACCCCCAGAUACAACAAAUCAAUAUAAUUUUUCACAAUGGUUGUGCAAAAUACAUAAUGACAUUAACAAACAUAUUGGUAAAGAAGAAUUCGAUUGUUCAAAAGUUGAUGAACGCUGGCUGCAUGGAUGGAAAGAUGGUUCAUGUGACUGACAGAGAUAUUUCCUUAGACAGAAUGUGAAUUGAAUUUUGGAGAGUACAAAAUCAUAUCUAAGAAAAUAACAAUAAUUUCACCAGAUUUCGUCAGGAAUAUUAUUUCAUAAUCAAUUGGAAAAUGUAUCUUUAAAAAACUACAAUCCCUCUUCAUAUGCAAUUGUAUUGAAUUUCUGAUUGUACUGUAGACUACAUCAGUGCAGUAAAUAGGACUUUGGGCUCCCUGUGUUGUUGACUUUAACACCUGUUAUCCACAAAAUGGCCAAGGUUCACUUCCUUAAAUUACAUUAUAAACUCCUUGAAAUCUAAUACAUUAAAAUUCUAGCUAUUGUAUUUAUCUUAUUAUAUUACGAGCGGUAACUAAGCAUUUGUUGCGUGACAUGCUUGACAUACAGUACCGCGUGACACGUGAUGGAAAACAUGGCUUCCUUUCGUUUUAACUUUGGAAGUAACGAAAUUAAUGAAAAUAGCUCGCAAUUGGACUCACAAGAGGAUGAUUUGACACCAGUUGAGGCUAAAGAAGUUUCUGUAUCACGCCAUAUUGUAAACCAAAGCGAUAAUGUGGAUAAAAUUGACAUAAAUGGGACAGCAUUACUCUACGUGAAUCUGCAACACGUUGAAGAAUCACUGAAGAAAUCCAGUACUAUA